AAAGACAACCAAUUGAGGAGAUCGUCUAUCUUGUGCAGUUGUUACUCUCAUUUAACGCCAUUCGCUUGCUUACUUUGCGCUUAUUUAUUGUAUUUAUCCGAUUUUAACUAAUAUUUUGUUUUGUCUCUGUUUUUUUUUAUUUUGUUUUAUAUCAGCACACCUCUGUUGUAAAGUCAACGUAUUUGGAAAGUUGUCAAUGAGUACCGUUUUUAUUUUAGUUCCAUGUAUCUAAUAAACACUUAUUGCGUUUUGUGAGUUUUACAAUGACAUCACUUCCGCUUGGUCGAACCAGCUCUCGUCCACAUGCUUGUCAAAUCGUCCUCCACGUGACCGGAAGAUGGCCCCGUCAACCUACUCCAAUGCGGAAGAAGUCGUCAUCGUAAAAGCGACCUCCUGUAGCCUGAAAAUGUCGUGGAUAAAGGAGGGGGAGUUAAACCUGCUCGAAAGGAUUUCAGCCAAUGUCCUGAAGGCGGGGCCCAUGCCCAAACACGUGGCCUUCAUCAUGGACGGCAACCGUCGCUUUGCUCGCAAGAAGAAGAUGGAACGGCAGGAAGGACAUACGCAGGGCUUCAACAAGCUAGCAGAGACCCUCCGCUGGUGCAAGCAUCUCAACAUCCGGGAGGUGACCGUCUACGCCUUCAGCAUUGAGAACUUCAAGCGCUCUAAAGAUGAAGUGGACGGGCUGAUGGAGCUGGCCAGGCAGAAAUUUGAGAGACUCCUGGAUGAACGGGAGAACCUGGAGAAGCACGGCGUUUGCAUCCGGGUGCUGGGGGACUUGAACCUGCUGCCUCUGGACCUCCAGCAGAUCAUCGCCAAAGCCGUGCUGACAACCAGAGCCCACAAUAAGUGUUUCCUGAACGUGUGCUUUGCCUACACGUCGCGAUACGAAAUCACCAACGCGGUUCGAGAAAUGGCGUGGGGGGUGGAGCAAGGACUGAUUAAAGCCAGUGACAUCUCGGAGGCGCUGCUGAGCGAGUGUCUGUACAGCAAUAAUUCACCCAAUCCCGACCUUCUCAUACGAACCUCGGGCGAGGUGCGCCUCAGCGACUUCCUCCUCUGGCAGACGUCCCACUCGUGUUUAGUGUUCCAGUCAGUGCUGUGGCCCGACUACUCCUUCUGGAACCUGUGUGAAGCCAUCCUGCAGUACCAGGUCAACCACAAGUCCAUCCAGAGCGCACGGGACCUCCAUCGAGAGCACCAGGCCUGCCAGCAGCUGGAGUCGGACCGCGCCUGCGUCGCCGAGCACCUGCCGCAUCACGGCAACGGGAAGCCCGCCGACGCCCAGCGGAGACAGGAGGCGCUGCUGCGCUACACCGCCUGCCGCCAGGAGCGAGUGCAGGACUUCAUCGAGGCGCUGAAGCAGAAGAGAGACGCUUUCUUUACCGACUUGUGCGGCGCCGCCACUCAGAAGGUGGAAGGCGGAGCCCAGACUUCCUGAAACGGACUUCUGAUGAUGACGACUGACUGGAGACCCGUUCCAUGUUUGGCCAGGAAGGCGGAAGGUUUACCCCUAUGGGGUGGAGAGGGACCGGAGAGGGACCGGAGAGGGACUGGAGAGUCUAUACUGGGAAUGAAAUGCAUGCAGUCAUGGACGCUUGCCAGCGCUCUUCAUCUCUGAAGGAAAUGAGUCAAGCCGACCAUGUCGGCAGCAGCACCGCCUCCGUGAACAAAAUAAAGUCCAAUGAAGUUGUUUGUGACUCGCUCUCUUCCUGUUUGGGUCGGCCCAACAAUUCAUCCAUCCAUUGCUGGAGCCUAUCCCGGCUGACUUGGGGCGAGAGGCGGGGUACACCUGCAGCAACGGGCGGGUUUGAAGGAUCUCACAAUAGGCACAAUAAUAACAAUCAUAAUAACAAUCAUAAUAACAUGGUUACUGUUGUGGUCGUACUCCAAAUAAAACAAUUCUGAAUCGCUG